AUGAUCUCCUCUCCCGAAAUGUUCCUCGCUGCCGUCGCCGAACGAACGCACCGCAUCAUGCUCGGCACCGGCGUGGUGUCACUCCCAUACCAUCACCCUUUCAUGGUCGCCCAGCGAAUGGUCCAACUCGACUACCAAUCACGCGGUCGAGCGAUAUUCGGUUCGGGCCCUGGAGCUUUGCCAUCCGACGCCCACACUCUCGGUUUCGACCCUAUGCUCCUCCGCGACCGACAAGACGAAGCGAUGGGAGUGAUCCGAAAACUUUUCGAAGGAAAAGAGCGCGUAACCUACGAAUCCGACUGGUUUACGCUUCGUGAUGCCAAACUCCAACUCCGACCGCUCCAAGAAGACAUGGAGUUCGCCGUCGCAUCAAUGGUGAGCCCCUCCGGAAUGACCCUGGCUGGAAAACACCGAGCCGGAGUCUUAUCUAUCGGAUCUAUGACUCGGGCCGGUAUGCGCUCCCUACCUCUCCAGUGGAGCUUCGCCGAGGAAUCCGCUGCUAAACACGGAAAUACCGUCGACCGCAAAAAUUGGCGGAUCGUCAUGAACUGGCACAUCGCUGAAACCCGCAAAGAAGCCCGCGAGCAAGCUAAGGAAGGCCUCCUCGUUCACAACAACCUCUACACCGUCGGCACCCUCGCCGCUGCACCCGACGAGGCCGUCGACGAUGUCGCGUUCUCAGACGAAAGCACCGCCGUCAUCGGAACCCCGGACGACUUGGUCGCCAAGAUCCGAGACAUGAAGGAAGUCACAGGAGGUUUCGGAUGCGUCAUCGGUUUCUACCACGACUGGGCAAACCGCGAAAACACUCUUAGGAGCUGGGAUUUGGUCGCCCGCUACGUCGUGCCAGAAGUAAACGGCCUUCUAGACGAUUACCGAGAUUCCUAUCGUUGGGUGAAUGAGAGUCGGGAAACAUGGACACGCGCCAAAGAAGCCGUCGAUUCCAAAAUCCAACAACACGAUCGCGCCGCCGAAGUUAUGCGCACUGAGGGCUACGAGGGCGAAAAAGCCAAAGCCGAAUAA